AUGGAGAACACCUCAAUGACUAAACGCUCAAUAUCAACUACUACUGAUGAGAACUAUGAAACAGAUAAUCCAAACACUUCUCCCAAAUCGAAUCCAGGAACUUUUUCAGCAACCACAAAUCCCCACAAACAAUCUAGUGCACACUUCAAUGAAAAUGAUGAGGAUCAUGAUGAUGACUUUGGUGUGCCCAUGAAGAGAGUUGCCUCUUCGAAGUCGUCAAAGGCGUCCAAACCAAGACCUCAUGUCUGUUCGGUUUGUACUAGGGCAUUUGCAAGAUUGGAACACUUGAAAAGGCAUGAACGUUCCCAUACUAAUGAAAAACCUUUCCAAUGUGCAGCUUGUGGUCGUUGCUUUGCAAGGAGAGAUUUGGUUCUAAGACAUCAACAGAAAUUACAUGCAUCUCUUCCAACUAAUAAUAGAACUAACGUACCACGUAGGGGGAAAACGCAAAAACUUAAACCCGAAGAUGGUAAAGUUGUUAGAGAUUAUCUAAAUGAUAACAUCAAUAUCGUGCGAAAUAAUACUAGUGCGAAAUUGCCUUUAACCAAUCAAUCAAAUGAUGCUUCUUUUAAAAACAAUGAUGACAUUCACAAUCAUAUUCCUUUUGAUCAUGAUCCAGUGGAUCAUUUCUCUCCAACUGUGGAAAAAAACAACUAUUAUAAUAAUGGAGGGCAUCAUGUCUUCAAUUCUGGGGCUAAUCCCCUAAUGCAAGAUCAAAUUAGUUUUUUCAAUUCUAAUAUUCUAGGUACAAAUAUAACAAACGGCGGAUUCUAUAACUCACCGACUUCCCUUAAUGGUAUGAUGUUUUCGCCAAAUAUGGUCAACACAAAAAACGAGCAUUCACAAAUACGGCAAGGUAAUGUAUCAAAUAUUACUCCUGAGUCUCAACAGAACAAAUCUGUCAAUUCUGACAUUAAACUGAACGAUUACCACAUCGACUCCGAUGAGUUGGAUUCAGACUUGGGUUCGGAUUAUGGCAAUGAUAGGUUUGAUCAUCCAAGGGCAAUGUAUCAGGACGAUUCAAAUAGACUCCAAUUGCAUUCGGAAAAUAAUAAUAAUGGAAAUACUAAUAGUAUGAAUGAUAAUAAUAAUAGUAAUAAUAACAUCAAUAACGAUGCUAGCUCGAGUUAUAGAAACCAUAGGCAUGCGUCUUUCUCCGCAGCAGCUUCCUCCUCGUAUACUGGUUUGCCUGAUACAAGGUACCCGCAUGAUCAAAAUAUGAAAGACUUGGAGAAUGGAGCACCUCAGCAGGUAAGCUUUUCAUCGCCUCAGUUUUCAUACAAGCCAAAUGGUGAAUUGGGGUAUUUGGAUUAUGAAACCUUGGAAAACCUGGAUUUGAAUGAUCUUGGUAUCGAUUUCAGUUCUGUCAACUUCAUAAAUGGUAAUGAUAUGCAUGGUGUAACAUCUAGUAACUCUCCACAUUCAAAUACUAAUUCAAACACUAAUUCAAAUACCAACUCAAAUUCAAACAUCACACCGGCUUCUAUUGCAAGUAACCAUAAUACACCACAUUCCGACGAUUCAAAGGAAAUCAACCUACAAAGGGUCUUGUCAAAUCCUUCAAACGCUGUCCCCUUGCAUAGAGUCUUAUCUCAUCCUAGGUCUGGUGAAGCUUUACAAAAAGUCCUCUCCCAUCCAAAUUCAGAUGUGGCACUACAGAAGGUGUUGUCACAUCCAGAACCUAACCUGGUGCUUGAAAAGGUUCUUUCUCAUCCUUCAGAUACUGAUUGGUUUAACGAAUUCAUAAAUGCACCAAUCGAUACGAACUUCCCUCCAAUUACAAACCACAUUGGAUUUACAGACACUCCAGACAACAUCAACUCUCCAUCAUUCACUGGCAUGAACAACAGCAAUUCUGGUAGUUCGAUGAACAACAAUCACAACGAAACAGCGCAUCAUUUUUCUUCAAACAGUAACGAUUUGAAGCAUCUUUUCAGAUCCAGGCAAAUUGAUCUAUCAAAACAUAUUCCUCAUCCAUACCAAAAUCCAGCUAUACCUGCACGCUGUUCGGAAUCUGUCAGAGAGCAUAUAAUGGCUGAAUACAAUUUAAAUCAUCAACAGUUUCCCAAGUUGGAAGAUUUGAAUCAUUAUCUUGCGUUGUAUGAAUUAGAAUUCAACAAAUAUUUUCCCUUUGUUCAUAUACCAUCAUUCAAGAUUGACGAAAACAUGGAUCAAAUUCCAUUGAUGUUAUCAAUGGCAGCCAUCGGCGCCUUGUAUUCUUUCCAUGCACGGAAUUCUUCAACGUUAUUCAAUUUCUCAAGGUUUUUAAUCCAUAAUUUCAUGGAAGUUCAAAUGCAGUCUAAAGUUUUCAAUGAUAUACCGUUACAUAUUACACAAGCUUUAGUUUUGCAUAUGUUUUUGGGUAUGUUCCAUAAUGAUGCGGAAGUUACCAAGUUGAUAUCCAGACAAUUGAACUCACUUGUUUCGUUGGUUAAGACGACUAGGUUGGAUAUGCCUUUGGAGAGUUUGCUUUUACCACCAGGAAUCAAUUACGAUAUUGUUCAAAGUGAUAACUUUGGUUUGAUCGAGUCUUGUUAUAAGUAUUUUAUACUUGCCCAAUCCAGAAUCCGGACAAUCCAUGUCUUGCAUCAAAUUACCGUUUUAUUUGGUUGUCUGACUAACUCAAAGGUUGAACUAUCUGCUGAUAGCAUUGAGUCCGGUUCUCCGUGUUCAAUUGAGGAAUUGUGGAGUUGUAAAAACUAUAAUGAAUGGAUCCUCAUUUUGAAGGAGAAGCAUAUUGCAAUAUCAAGUAAAUUCCUAUUGAUUAGAUUGAGCAAUGGUUACCAGUAUAGAGAAUUAUGGAGAAGUUUACAAAACCUAUCACUCGAUAAAGAUGUUGGUUUAAGAGGCAUGCUAUCCUUACUAAUGUCAAUGAAUGAAUUUAUACACGAAGAAUCAAUGGAAAUUGAUAAGGAUUCGAAUAAAAGUCAAGGCUUUAAACUGGCUGAAUGGAGGAUGGAACAACGUCCAUACAUUGAAUCCUUGAUUAAGAUUUGGGAGAGUUGUUUCAUCCGAAACGGGGGUGUUUUAGUGCCAAGAGGUCAAAAUAUACAUACGAUUAACAACAGUUGUGCGUUGAAGUUGACCUUGCCACUAUUAUCGUUUGCUAAAAUUAAUAAAUGUGUACAUAUCAGCUCCGUUUUGGAACACGUUUGGGCAAGGAAUUGGGAACAGAUGAACGUGGAAGUUAAAAGACUGACACUUGACGUGGAAGCGUUGAGAGAUUCGAUCAACUAUUCGUUGGACAUCGUUAAUCUCUGGAUUGAAAUUAUAUCAAUUACAAAUGAUGCAGAGAAAACUUCAAUUAGAACCCCUAUUUUUUUUCUGACAUGUUUAUUCACUUCAACAUUACUAAUUUCGGAGUACCUCUACGCAACUGAACUGUGGGCCCACAAAUAUAUUGGAGAUAAGACCCUAAUUAACCCUUUGACAACUUCUGAUCGUGUUCUAUGGAUGAGAGCCGAAAAAAUCUUCAAAAAAAUAGAAAAAAAUCUUUUACCUUUAGGUUCGAAUAACCAAUCCUAUUCUGAAUUUUUGAGGCUACAGGCAAAUGGUGCGCUCGAUGUUGAGAUCUUGGAUGACGAAAUUGCAAAACUAGCACUAGGCCCAGGAGAUUUACAACCAAUUGCCGAAAUCAUCAUAAGUGGCAGACUAAGUACCAGAUGUCUUUCGUUGGGAGUGAGGAUAUUGGCUGACGCUCCAGUUUGGCCCAUUGCAUUAUUGUUUGCAGAAGCGUUGAAGGCCAGAGCAACACACAUUCAUGAAUGCACGAGUUCUUGGAGUCCAUGCGAAAAUGAAGACACUAAAAAGGAAAGUGCUGAAGGCGGUGCUGUCAUUAAUUCUAAGGCUGAAUGA